AUGAUGACGAUCGAGGGUGUAGUGGACGCGUACUCAUGUAGUGGCUCAGAGGCCACGAUAAACCCUGCCCCAGCCAACGCGUGGCAGACGUCUUUGAGAGGCGGCAACGCAGCGACGGCGCAGCGCCGGCUCAUCCCGCAGAGCCAGUCCUCCGUGAGUCUCGACACGAAUCUCGACGUGUGGGACAACGCCGUGACCGAGGAGGACGUGGAGAAGUACGCGGCGGAGAACUGCUGUGGCAGAAACACCGCCACGUACUGCAACGCAGCGAGCAGCAGCAGCAACAUCAUCAACGAUGAGGCGUCAGAGGCAGAGGCAGAGGGCUGCAUUCCGUACGACUACGAGUCAGAGAUGGAGGACUGCAGUCGGUACACCUUCAGCACCGGUCCCUACAGUCCCGCCACCACCGCCGCCCUCGCCGCAGCCGUCGCACCAUCUUCGGUAACGGGGUGGCGCACCGCGCGUCCCGACACGCCAUGCGAGGCGACGAUAGUUCCGCUGCCCCGCACCACGUCCCCACCGCUACAGCAGCCGGAACGCGACCCCCACUGCCCGCAGUGGUGCGAGCGGCAGCAUCGCGACAACGAGGCCCACCACGCGAGUCAGUGCUACGCCUGGCAACAGGCAAUGCGGCACUCCACGUCGUCGUCGCCGGAUCAGAUGCGCUACGCCCUGCGCUCCUUUGUGCGGGAGGCGCGCUGCCGUGAACUGCAGGCGCUGCACUCGCAGCCGGCGGUGUCGUUUGUGCGGAUGGACGCGCCGCUGUCCGAGAGCCGCACGCGCUCGUCGAUGCGGGCCUCCUGCUUGCUGGCCUCCGCCACCUCGACAGCCCAACGCAAGGCCCGCUACAUCCAGAUCAUCACGGGGCACUGGAAGGCGCUGGAGAUGCGCGUGGAGGAGCUGCUCGCGGAGACACAGAAGGAGAGCCCGGCGACGAGCGAGAGCCACCUGCGUUCCAUCGGCUACGCCCUCAACGCGCUCUUCCUCUUCAGCAGCGACCCGGCACACAUUAUUCGGGAACUGAACAUGGCCCAAGUGGAGGAGCAGCGACGACAGCGGCACGAUCGCGAGGCACAGCUGCUGGCCACCCUAGAAACCCAAGGUCGUCUCUUCGUGCUACCCACCCUCUACGCAGAAGAAAGCGAGGAGCCCACACCGGUUCUCCAUGUGGAGGAGACCCCGCGGCUGGCGGGGAGGGGCGGCGAGUUCAUGCACCCGUGGCAGCUGCUGUCGCCCGACGCAUCCGUCUACUCCCUGGCGCCAAGCUCCGCGCCCGACUCCAUCGGUGAGCUCUCCCCUUCGCUCUCCUGCUGUACGGUCCCGAGCGAGACGUGCACGCCGACGUGGCGGGCCUCCAGCGCUGCCCACCUCUCGUCCCCCCUGCCCCCCUUGGGCAGCCACACGCCGACCUGGAAAGACAUGCAGCCGCCGCGACUCUCCAUGCUGGACCUCUUCAUGACGGCCCCGGCGGUGGUGCCCUCCACCGUCAUCGCGAACAGCGAGACGAGCGUGCCGUACGUGAUGCCGGUGGAUCCGAGCUACGCCCUGCACGCGCUGAACCGGCAAGAAGCCCUGUCCCGUACGACGCUGGCGAAUUCCCUCUCCUCGCCGCAUCUCUCCAGCUCCCAUGUCGUGCGCAACGCGGGCCCGUUCACGUCUGCCACGACGGGCGGCCGCCUUCAGCCGCUUACACUGGACACCGCCGAAGACAGCUGGGGCUCCUUCACGGAGGAGGAGGAGAACUUGUGCGAGUACGCCGACACUGUGAAGUUUGCAGAGGCCGGCUUCUCGCUGCUGAACUUCCACCCGCGGGAGAGCUCGACGAGCCCCUCAACCGCCGCGACGACGUGCGCAACGCUGACGGAUGGUUAG